UUUUAAUUGAGGUUAUGAUUUUGUGUGUAGUGUGUACAUUUUUCCUUUUUUAGCUAAAAAUAAUUUAUUUAUAAAGCUUAUUUAUUAAAUAGUGAAGAUCUUCUUACAACUGAGAAACUAUAAAAAAAAAUGGGUUCCGGUACGAGCAAAACUAGAACUCUGACCGUCGAAAACGAGGACCCUACAAGCGUAAUUAAAGUUUCGGAUGAUGUAGCUGAACGCUUACGAGGUGCGGUACGUGCCUCAAAUCAAAAAAUCGCUUCCUCAGACAUUCCUCCACAAGUGGUACAAGUACCGGUAUACUUGCACGAGCCCUCGCUAACUAGUCUUCAGUUACGCCAACAAAAUAUAGCCGAACUGCAAAAAAACGAUGAAUACUGGCAUAAUCGAGUGGAAAAAAUCCAAGAUAACCACAAGAAAGUGAAACAAGCAAUGGACGAUGAAUAUAAAAAGGCCUUGGAAGAAUUUAAAACCGGCAAAGCCACUCAGAGCUUGAGAGAAAUCCCUUGUCUUGAUUCAAAGAAAGCUGUUAUAGAUUGUUAUAAGAGUAAUGCUAAGGAACCUAUGAAAUGUUCUAAAAUAGUUCAAGCCUUUCAAGAGUGUGUUGAUCAUAAGAGAGCUAGCUUAUUGGCUGCUAGGACUGGAUAGAGCGAUUGUAGAAUGCUUAAAUUAUUAUUGUAAUAUACGUUUUUAGUUGAAGAGAAAUAGUUUUAAUUGAACUUGGAUCUUGCAAAAUUAUUAUUGUUAGUAUUGUUUAUGUUUUAUCCUUUAUUUUU